CAACAAAGUAGUUCUUGUGCAUGCUGUGAAUAUUGAAGACGGCAUUCAUUACAGUUAGUGCAUCAGAACGGCAGCUAAUUUUCUGUGUUUGUGCAUCUGCCAGAACUCUGGAGCAUGAGUAAACAUGAAAGAAGCAGAUUUGUGGAGCAGCUGUUGAAGGACGAGCUUGAGGCUGUGGCUCUGGGACUGGAGCAGGGAGUCUACGUCUGGGAAGUGAUUGACCUGCCUCAUGAUUCACAGGGCUCCACUCCUCUUAUCACUGCCUGCAGGAUGGGUCUUACUAGGGUUAUGCAUUUCCUUCUGAAAGGAGGAGCCGACGCUACACUGUGUAACAAUAGCAAUCAGACAGCUCUUCAUGUUAGUCAACCAGCACUCCAGGGAGAGCUGUUGACGGCUAUGAUCAGAGACGUACCCCAUCAGAGGCAGCUCUCACUAGCAGCCUGGAGGGGAGACCUCUGCUGUCUACAGGACCUUAUGGUGAGCAGCUCAGACUUCAACUUCCACUUGCACUUUGACUGUUAGUAAUGCGAUAUCAACCGUAGGUUCACACAAAGCAGGCUAGACUCCAUAGGGAGUUCUCUGAUGGAUCAGUAUUGGCCACCUGUCAUGUGAGAGCGAGAUAUUUUUACACUCACCUCAGGCAAUGGCUGGAGUAAUUACAACAAAUAAAGCUUAUGUUGUUUGUCUGUUGCAGGUCCAGGCAGACUUGUUGGAGUUAA